ACAUGUGAGUGAAAAUUGCGGUUAAAAUACAGGGCUUUUCAAACAUAGUGUUUGACUCUUGACUUAACAAUUAUUUUGAUUAUUAGUACUCAAUGUUUGUGAUUGUAUUUAAUGUUUGUAUUGAAAGUCAAAUCAUUUCAAACUAACACUUAAUUUGUGAUUAUAUUUGUUAAUCAAAACAAUUAUUACAUCAAUAGUUGACCUCAUUUUUAGUCACAUUGUUAUCAAUACUGUUGUUAUGAAUGAUUGUAUUUCUUAUGGUUUGAAUGACACGAUGAGAGGUCGCGGAGCUUACAGACAGAUCAAGAGAGAGAGUGAGGUCAUUGAUAGGUCAAGAAGUGUGACACCGACGGCAAGUGAUAAGAGUACACAAAAAGUCUUCAGUCAUAAUGACAUGAAAGUUGUUGUUUGUGACGACAAGAGACAUGUUUUUGACGCCAAACGCCUUAAACCGGGCGUCAAAACUGUGACCACCAAUCAAAUGGCUGAUGUCAUCACCAUUGAUAGCGAUGAUGAUAUCGAAGAGAUUACAGAAGUGGAUAUAAUUGAUAAAUCAGACGUCGAAAUGAUUGAUGACGACGAGGUUCAAGUAGUGGACAGUGAUUACGAGUCAACGUCGACUACAUUAUCACUCGAUGACCGACCGAUUCGUGAUUGUCGCCGAUGUCUCAGAAGAUUGACAACUAAUGGUUACAGAGAUCUCGAAUACAAUGAGUUGACGAGCGCUGACUUCUACUAUAAUCCACGUAUUCAUUGGACUGUCUUAUCUCAUGAACUGAAAGACAAGAAUAGAUACAACACUUAUAAGAAAGUUAUUGAAGAUAAUAAAGAGUCGUUUAAAGGCAAAACCAUUCUUGUGAUUAGUUCAGGCACUGGACUUAUUGCUCUUAUGGCGGCCAAAGCGGGCGCUAAAACAGUCAUUAUAUAUGAUGGCAGAGGUAUUAGGGAACUAAUAGAAGCAGUUCUUCCGAUUAACAGAAGAAAUAUUGGUUACCAAUUGAAAACAAAGUUUCAUGUAAUGAGUGAAUUGACUGAUGACACUGUUCUUCCCGAUGGCAUUGAAAAGGUGGACAUAAUUGUGUCCGAUUGGGCCAAUCAUUCACUUUUUUACAGAUCAAUGUUUAGUGAGUUUAUAAAAGCGAGAGACAAAUGGUUAAGAAAGGGUGGCCUUAUAUUUCCCGAUUCAUCGCAUAUGUAUUUAAUGGCCACUCACGACAAUGUCCACAAUCACUUGCGUAAAGACAAACGCUAUUCUUGUAGUAUGUUUGUCAAACAUAUUGACUAUUGGGAUAAAAAUGUCUACGGAUUUGAUAUGAAUACCAUCAAAAAGGCUGUCAUCUUAGAGCCGUUUCACGAAUAUAUAAAUAAUUCACAAAUCGUCACAAACGAGACUCUCUUAAGACGUUUUGAUUUUUACAAAAUGACUUUAAAUGAUAUCAAUUUUGAGACAUCUUUCAAGUUGACGACCAAUAAAGAUGACUAUUUACAAGCAUUUGUCAUUGUAUUUGAUCUCAUUUUCAGCAAAACUACUUCCUUACCGAUGAUGAUAUCGACGAGACCUAAAUCUCCGAAAACUGUUUUGAGACCAACUAUUUUAUUCAUGGAUAACAAACAACAUUUGCUUAUAUAUACAGACGACAAAGUGAUUGGAAAUUUUAAAAUGAGUUUUAGUAAAGACUUAAACUCAAUGGCCAUUAAUAUUGAUUAUCGAUUCAAAAACAAAGUUUGUAAUGAAAUCAAAGAAAACCUCAAAUUCAGGACAUUUUCAUAA